GGGAGACAGACACAGCAGAGAAGGACGAUGGACCAUGGUCAGCCACCCAGCAGCAUGAUGAGCUGCCAUCUUUGUACUGCUCCUCCCCUCCGGCGCGGCGGUGCCCCGCCCGCCUCCGUACACACACACACGGGUCGCGGCUAGCCGGCUAGAGUCUCUUUUCCAAGCCCACUCUUUUUUCUCCUCUCCACUUCGUUACGCGGACAGUGGGAGGAGCCACAGCCAUUAUAAUAGCACGCCAUACGCCAAAAGCUCCACUGGAGCCGAGCAGCUACUCCUCCCAGUCCCAGGCUCACUGUCGCUCCUCCCAAGAACCCGCCCAAAGAAUCCUAGAAAUCCAAGAAAGGGAGCAACCAAAACAGGAGGAGGUCUGCAGGAGGAGGAGCAGGUCAGCAGGAGGAGGUGGUGCUGAAGGGGAAGAUCUCACAAGUGUGUGAAGACCACACAGUCUCGCGCACUCGCAAACCCAGUGCGCGCUGCGGUCUUCCUCUUCGCCCACCUUCUUGGAGCGGGGAGGUUGGCCAUGAGGAGGUGGUGGCCGGCUGCCCUGCUGGGCUGCGCAGUGGCGGUGUCCGUUCUGGUGGCCGCCGUGGAAUGCGCUGUGACUUACGACAAGAAGGCGGUGCUGAUUGAUGGGCAGAGGCGGAUUCUCUUCUCCGGAUCCAUACACUACCCCAGGAGCACCCCUGAUAUGUGGGAAGGGCUGAUUCAGAAAGCUAAAGACGGAGGCUUGGAUGUCAUUCAGACCUAUGUCUUUUGGAACGGACAUGAGCCUACGCCUGGAAAUUACUAUUUCGAGGAGAGGUACGAUUUAGUCAGGUUCAUAAAGACGGUCCAGAAGGCUGGCCUGUUUGUACAUCUCCGCAUCGGUCCCUACAUUUGUGGCGAGUGGAACUUCGGCGGCUUCCCAGUUUGGUUGAAGUAUGUACCGGGCAUCAGCUUCAGGACAGACAACGAACCUUUCAAGACGGCCAUGCAGGGUUUCACUGAGAAAAUUGUGGGAAUGAUGAAGAGCGAAAACCUCUUUGCAUCCCAAGGUGGCCCAAUUAUCCUCUCUCAGAUUGAGAAUGAGUAUGGGCCAGAAGGCAGGGAGUUUGGUGCCGCAGGUCAGGCAUAUAUCAACUGGGCAGCAAAGAUGGCAGUCGGAUUGGGUACUGGUGUGCCGUGGGUGAUGUGCAAGGAGGAGGAUGCACCUGAUCCAGUGAUCAAUGCAUGCAAUGGUUUCUACUGUGAUGCAUUUUCUCCUAACAAACCUUACAAGCCCACAAUGUGGACUGAAGCUUGGAGUGGCUGGUUCACGGAAUUUGGUGGGACCAUCCGCCAACGACCGGUUGAAGAUCUUGCAUUUGCUGUUGCUAGAUUUGUACAAAAGGGUGGUUCUUUUAUCAAUUACUACAUGUAUCAUGGAGGAACAAAUUUUGGGCGCACUGCUGGGGGUCCCUUCAUCACAACAAGCUAUGAUUAUGAUGCUCCAAUUGAUGAAUAUGGACUUGUUAGAGAACCAAAGCACAGUCAUCUUAAAGAACUCCACAGAGCUGUUAAGUUAUGCGAGCAGGCUUUGGUUUCUGUUGACCCAGCAAUUACUACCCUUGGUACCAUGCAAGAGGCCCGCGUCUUCCAAUCUCCAUCUGGUUGUGCAGCUUUCCUUGCAAACUACAAUUCUAACUCCUAUGCGAAAGUUGUGUUCAACAAUGAGCAAUACAGCCUACCACCUUGGUCGAUUAGCAUCCUUCCUGAUUGCAAAAAUGUUGUUUUUAACAGUGCCACAGUUGGUGUUCAGACAUCUCAGAUGCAAAUGUGGGGAGAUGGUGCCUCAUCAAUGACGUGGGAGAGGUAUGAUGAGGAGGUUGAUUCUCUGGCAGCUGCUCCAUUGCUCACCACAACUGGUUUGCUUGAGCAGCUUAAUGUCACGAGAGACAGCAGUGAUUAUUUGUGGUACAUCACCAGUGUUGACAUAAGCUCAUCUGAAAACUUUCUACAAGGUGGCGGCAAGCCUCUGUCUCUCAGUGUGCAGUCUGCUGGUCAUGCCUUGCAUGUCUUUGUCAAUGGACAACUUCAAGGUUCUGCUUAUGGUACCAGGGAAGAUCGAAGAAUCAAAUAUAAUGGCAAUGCUAGCCUUCGAGCUGGUACUAACAAAAUUGCACUGCUGAGUGUUGCCUGUGGAUUGCCGAAUGUUGGAGUGCAUUAUGAGACGUGGAACACUGGUGUUGGUGGUCCUGUUGUGCUUCAUGGGCUGGAUGAAGGUUCACGAGACCUUACUUGGCAGACUUGGUCCUAUCAGGUUGGCCUGAAAGGCGAACAGAUGAAUCUGAACUCCAUAGAAGGCUCAAGCUCAGUUGAAUGGAUGCAAGGGUCAUUGAUAGCUCAAAACCAGCAGCCAUUGGCCUGGUAUAGGGCUUACUUUGAGACUCCCAGCGGGGACGAGCCAUUGGCUUUGGAUAUGGGUAGCAUGGGCAAGGGCCAAAUCUGGAUAAAUGGACAAAGCAUUGGACGCUACUGGACAGCAUAUGCAGAUGGGGACUGCAAAGAAUGCAGUUACACGGGAACCUUCCGGGCACCCAAAUGUCAAUCAGGCUGUGGUCAGCCCACGCAACGAUGGUAUCAUGUGCCAAAGUCCUGGCUGCAGCCCACCAGAAACCUGCUGGUAGUCUUCGAGGAACUUGGUGGGGAUUCAUCGAAGAUCGCCCUAGUGAAGAGGUCAGUCUCAAGUGUCUGUGCUGAUGUAUCUGAGGAUCACCCAAACAUCAAGAACUGGCAGAUCGAAAGCUACGGCGAGCGCGAGUACCACAGGGCCAAAGUGCACUUAAGAUGUGCACGUGGGCAGUCCAUUUCCGCAAUCAAAUUCGCAAGCUUUGGGACACCUACGGGAACCUGUGGAGAUUUCCAGCAAGGAGAUUGCCACUCAGCUAACUCUCACACAGUCCUAGAGAAGAAAUGCAUUGGGCUCCAAAGAUGCGUCGUCGCCAUCUCCCCCGAGAGCUUUGGAGGAGACCCCUGCCCGAGCGUGACGAAAAGGGUGGCGGUCCAGGCAGUAUGUUCUCCCGUCGCGUAGCCUUACUUCUCCAAGCAAUGGAUUUGGAAGGCGGUCGACAAAAAAAAAAAAAUAAAAAAUGGUCGAAACCAGUGCAGGGUGAGUGGAACUGUAAGUAUCGUCGACUUUGAUUAUUAGAUGUGGCUGGCUUGAGAGGUUAGCAGCAUUCGUUGUCGGAUUCCAGAUUAGGAUUUGUAGUCUGCUGCAUCUCCAUGAAUUGUUCAAAGCGGCCGGCUGGAUAAUGUUGUAGCUGGUCCAGGAAUGCAGCUGUAGAGAGAGAGAGAGAGAGAGAGAGAGAGAGAGAGAGAGAGAGAGAGAGAGAGAGAGAGAGAGAGAGAGAGAGAGAGAGAGAGAGAGAGAGAGAGAGAGAGAGAGAGAGAGGAGUGGAGGCAGAAGAGUGACUGAUUAUGCAUUCUUUUGCUGUGGUGUUAGUAGCUGUGUACCCGUGACACAUGUCGUCUUUCUUGGAACGGAGAAAGAUGCAGGUGAAGUGUGCAUUGUGCCCUUUUGUUCUACUGCUACUGCUAGUGGUAAGGCAGGAGCCUUGCAAUUGUGGGGGGAGAACAGUGCCUUCUUUUUCUGAAGGAAAAUCCCGUGUGGAAUUGCUUGGAAUUAGUCUUGGCUCGUGAUAACAACAUACUAGUAGUAUGGGUGCGGUGGCCGUGGGGAAUUGGUGAAGGGAAACAAAAGCCUGAGCCCUGAGGAAUUGAUUUCCACGCUGAUUUGUAUGUAUAUAUAAAGAAACGUGUGGUGGCAUAUUGAUGCAGUCGGCAUUGGAUGCGCUUCCUGCUGCCGAGCCAUCAUUCUCGCAGAAAUCUGUGUCAGGCAGGACAGGACCAGCGCUGGAGAUGUUUCCCUCUGCCAAUCCAACCGGACCUAUAAUUAUCGAAGGAACUGUGGCUGUGAGAACCGUAGGGCCAAGCAUGUGUUACUCCGUGAAGAGACUGGACUCGUCUCAUAUAUUUUUCGUGUAGAGACGAGGCUUGCUUCUUAUAUAUUUUUUCAAUUAAUCUCUAGAGACCAGACCUUAUAUUACGUAGGAUUGUACUUGUACAUGUUUUUAGAAGGUCAGGCAUAUUUGGUUGCA